AUGGUGGACAUGAUGCAUCGGCGGUUGAUUCCCCUGAUCACCCUCGUUUGUAACGCGGCCGCAUCUGACUGCUGGACGGCUGUUCGGGUCUUCCCGAACGCGGGAGUCAUCGUGGCUGCAACUAGCAAUCCUAAAAGGCGCAGGCCAUCACGCUACCAAGCACCUAAUCCGUCUCGAACGCCUUACCGUCUGCGCGAAUGCGAACAGUUCCGAAUCCAAAUCAGACUGAUUGAUGCACGGGCCGGCAUUCCUCGGCGCGCCUAUAAACUGAAACCGAGCGCGGCGCUACCUGACCAAGUAGGGAGGGCCGCACCCUCCGUACAUUCCGAGCACCGCGCGCGCUCACUCCAACCGUCCGCG